UCCCUAUAUCUUCUCCAUGUGCAGACUGCAAAAUUGUUUCUUUGGGGUUGUCUGCUGGUUGCUGAAAUGGGAAGUGGAGCAGGUUUAAGGGUCCUUAUCCUUUGUGCCACAGUAUGGAAUGCUUGUUGUUUUCCAACUAAAGCUUCAACUGGUCAACAACAGCCUGCAUCAGGAGGCCAAAGUCCUGUUUUUGAUCCACGUUACAUUACCUUGCUGCAGCAAUAUUAUCACUCACUUGCACCAGCAGCUACCUCUGCAGAUGUCCCUCAGGCCCCUGCUGCGCAAUCCAGCCAAAAUGCUCCUCAGAUGACGUCCCCAGUUACAGUAAAGGGCUCCUCCAUGCCUCAAACUAGUUCUGGAUCCCAAGAACCCCAGAUGGUUGCCAAGUUACCACAGCCAGCCAAAGGCCAGUUGGAAUCCUCUGCACCUGUGUAUGGAGCGCCCCAAUCCAGUCCAGUAGACGAGUCUCUACCUGCUGCGUUUGCUGAGGCCCUUGUGCUUGAAGAGCCCAGAUUUGAUGAUAGUCCACCAUUCCCUCCAGUUCCACCGGCACCCAAGCAGUAUGUACCAGGAACGGUGAUCCGCAACAUGGCUACAAAUGAAUUUGGCCUUGAUAUGCAUGAGUUCCAUGACAGUGGAGACUUGCUGCGGGGUCCUCCUCGUGUCCCACUGGCUGCUGAGACUGCCACCUCACCUGUGAUCGAGCCUAUUGGAGAAGACCUCGAGCUAGAUGACCAGUUCUUCCACAUGUUCAUCACUGGCCAACUUCCUCCUGGUACUGUAACUCACACAAGUUCCUCCUAUGAGCGUGGGAGGAAUGGCUGGGGAACUAUUGGAUACGAGAGGAUUCCUCCGUCAAGACCAGCAAGCAGGACCCCAGUUGCCCCAAGCAACUCCAAGACUGCUCCCAUGAAAUCUCUGGCAAAAAAGAGCUAGAGCCAGGCUUUUCAGUGAUUUUCAAUCAUUUGUCAAUAAAAGGAUGAAACUUAA